AUGUCGGUUGAUACGACAGGAACUAAAGCAGGGUCUCAUUCAGCAACCGUUUUCGGUACAACUCGUGCAGGUGGUAAAACAGAUAAAGAGCCCUCACCUGACCGUAAACGUAAAGUUGCCGAUGUAGCAGAGGCACAAAAGUUACUGCAACCGGAGGACUACAAAGCGGCAAUUGAAUCGAUACGCGAGCGAGGGCGUGCCAGAAGAUAUCGGAGUGUACCAGAUUCUCCCGAAAUGGAAGGGGAGAUUGCAUAUGACAACGCUUCGGAAUACGACGCGGUCUGGGUCACCUCGCGGGAGUUACAAUACUUCUACCCAAUGACGAACGAGUGCUAUGUUGACCAUUCGCAGAGAGGUAAUGAAAUCGCAGUGCAACAAGUGUUGAGGGCCUUUUUUUAGUGUAUCUUGUUCGAGGCUCAGACGGCGAGGGCGACUCUGUCGGAUACUACUUGAGCUUGUGGAAGAUACUGAUAUUGACUCUUCGCUAAAAAGAUAUCGACCAGAUGAAUUAGCAUUAGCAAAGCCAGAGGAAAUACAAAACUGUUUUGAUCGGAAACGGAAGCUAUGAUAUAGGAAUGGAAAAGGAGCCGCGUUCUCUACCAUUAAUUUCAAAACGAACAAGUAUUGUAAACCGACAUGUGGAGCUGAUUUUUAAGAAGGAGAAAGGUGUUGCUACGGGAUUUCUUAUUCUCAUUCAUCAUCUUCAAUACAACAACGUCAUCCAUCGUCAGGAUGAUUUAGAAGCAGACGUUGGAAACGAAAACGAUGUCCAAUAAUGAACCAUGUGGCAAAGAUUCCACGACACAAACUUGGACGUUCAAACUAACGUAGUGCUGCAACGUAACUUACGUGCGUGACAUUUCUUUAUUUAUAUUAUAAGUUUCAUAUUAUACACCAGCACCAGCACCACAUCCACAUCUAUAUAUUUCGCUGCUCUCUUUUUACUUGGGUUUCCACGUUUCCCUCGUGCUUCCUUGUUCUUCACCCCGGUUUUGGUACAAAUGCCUUACUGCUCCAAAACCAAAACUUAAAGUAGAAGUACCACUGACUGCAAUUAAUGUCAUGCAUGGUGGAGGACGUUGAUAAAUUUAAUGAUAAUAGCGCCAGCACGGCUGGCGCUGGUCGUAGCAAAAAACCGUUACAGACAUGGUGCCAUUUUUCUCAUGCAAGAUUUAGCAUGAAGAUCGAUUACAUCCAACAACUUUCCUUAUCAAUGAACUAAACCACUAAUGGACGCACUUCUUGUAGCUUACAAUAAGCAGAGAAAUAUUUCUUGUUUCAUGCUCCGUAUUUCGCCGUAUCGCUCAGAAUACCCAACAAUACGAAGAAAGUACAAAAGUACUGUCACCCGAUGCGAAACCUACCACCCCUCCGCAAUUCUCGCGCGUCGUGCGUGCUCUUUGUUGUAU